AUGACCUGUGGAUACCCUGGGUGGGCAGUUCUACACAUUCUGUGUAGUUCCAUCAUUUUCAAUGCAUCCCUAGUCAGGCAGGCAGCAGCACAGCAAACUGACGUGUGGGAGGAAGCUAUGGCGUCAAAGGAGCCUGCCUCCUUUGUGGACCGGACCACCUGGGAGCUCCUCAACCUGCUGGACAUGCUGGGAAGGCGGAAUGGACGGGUGGGAGUGAUGGAGGUGGACGAUGCCGAAUCAAGAGCCCCCUCAUUGCUGGUGGACUUUACCCGGGACCUGUGUGGCACAGGUGACAUCAAACAUAAGCCACAGCAGACAGGGAGUGAGGGAAAGGAAGAGGAGGAUGUGAUGCCGCCACAUCUGAUCUUUAUGCUGUGGCAAGCCAGUGUGUUGAAGAGGCUCAUGCAGUGGGAUCACUUGGAUGAGGCCAUCCGGGAUGUGAGGAACCUCCUCCCUUGCCUGCCAGAUGUGCUGGUGCUUGUGAUGAUCCGUCCAGAUCGCCAGGAGCAGCUGGACCAGGCAGUGAGAGCACUGAGGAGAAUGCACUGUGUGCUGGAUGGGGCCCUGCAACUGCCCGUGGAGACAGCAAUCUACAGCCCAGGCCAGCCUGGAAGUGUCCUGGAGGCAAAGAGAGCUGCCUGUAGAGCACUGAGAGAAGCCUUGAACUGCCAUGAAGAAGUCGACUCCCAGGAGCCAUUUAUUAUUUCGCUCCCGGAGCUCAGAUACUGCCGUGUUCUGCCUGAACGUAGGGAAGACAAGGUAUCAAAGACGGAUGGAGAAUGAAUUCCCUUGGGCAGCAGAACCUGUCAGAUCUUUUCUUGCCCUAAGGUCUUCAUUAUCAUCAAAAGAAGGAUUAAAAGCCUGAUAUUUAUCUCA